CUUCUUUUUCUUUUUCUUGUUUUUAUCACGAAAAAAAGGUCUCUUUUUUUCUUGUCCACUCUUCCACCUUUUUUUUUUUUAAAGUUCGUAUUAAAGGACUAGGCUUGCUUUCUAUUUUUUAUUACAGUUAAUAAUUUUUCUUACCUUUUUUUGAUCACAUCACACCUCCUUGGUACGUGCGUCGAUUACUAUUGUUCCGUUUCCAUAAGAAAUGUCUGCUUCACUCGCUCCGCCCGCCAAGGCUCGUUCGACUGAUGUCCCUUAUUUGUACGCCCUUACACUCGAUGACGAUGGAUCGCCGGAACCAGACAAAACAUACGUCCGGAUUCCAUUAUCCGAGAAAGAUGAUUUGUUGCGAUUCGUUUUGAAGCCAGGAUCUCUCGCCAGUGGUAAUCAUGCAAUGCUCCACAUCAAUUAUCCUAUCCAAGGAUCCUUUGAUCGAAGCACGUUCUAUUCCGUCAAUUUCAUUAUAGACCCCAAUUUGCUGCAUGCAUAUUGUGAUAUUGCAUUGACGGUCCCGGGCGCUUACGAGUAUUAUGUCGAUUACCAAGUUGGCCAGAAAACGCAUCGCUCCCAAUCAGGCUAUGUCGUGGUCGAACCGAGGUUGUGGGUGAAAAAGGGUGCCACAUCCGAAAAAGCACUCUUGCCAUUGGACGCUUUAAUGAUUUUAUCUCUGGUGCCGAAAUGGAUGGGUCCCUUAUCACAGUGGCAAUCGCUUAUCGAUAUGAUCGAAUACGAAGGCUACAACAUGAUUCAUUUCGUUCCCAUGCAACAACGUGGUGGAUCCAAUUCACCUUACUCCAUCGCCGAUCAGCUCGCCUUUUCUCUCGACCUGUUUGACGAGAAGGAUCGUAACAAGAGUAACGAAGAACUCACCAAAUUGAUGCAGAACAUGCUUGAACACAUUCAGUCCGAUCAUGGCAUCUUGUGUCUUUCCGAUGUCGUGUGGAACCAUACCAGUUUCGACUCCGCUUUCUUGAACGAACAUCCCGAAGCAGGCUACAAUCUCCAUAAUUCACCCCACCUUGUCCCUGCGUAUGAAUUGGAUACCGCUUUGAUCAAAUUAUCUGGCAAACUUCAUGAACUGGGUCUAAAGUCCAAAGUGGAGUCUGGUCAUGAUAUAGACGCCAUUAUGAAUUAUAUUCGGGAUCACACCAUUCAGGAACUCAAAUUGUACGAAUACAAGGUCAUCGACGUCCAGAAACAAACAGAGAUUUUCAGAAAAUCGCUGCAAGAACGCACCCAAUGCGACCCCACGCAGUACGGUCAUGCGCAGCAACUUUCUUUCAAGGAACAGGCCGCGCUGUUGGGCAAGGAUGCUAUUCAACCCGGCCAUCUCGGUACGCGUUUCCAUAGAUCAGUUGAUCAGUCUCGUGCCCUUUCCAUUGUUUUGGCCAUUGCUGGAUUGCAGUCUAUCGACGAUGUCAAUAAUGACCAUGUGAACCAAUUAACCGACUUGUUCCAACGUCUCUUGGAUGAAUACAACUUGCCUCAUUACAAGGAAUAUGACGAAGACGUCAGGAUAGCAUUGGACAAUAUCAAGAAUCGGUUGGCAUAUACUCGUCUGGAUGCCAAUGGACCCAAGUUAGGGGAAAUCAGUGAAAGUAAUCCGCUUAUAGAAACCUACUUUACGCGCUUGAACCAAGAUGAUACCACCCAUCCCAAGGGUAGCAUGCAAUUAGCCAACAAUGGCUGGAUCUGGAAUGCCGACCCGCUCAAAGAUUUUGCCGGUCCCGAUUCGUCAGCUUACCUUCGACGUGAAGUGAUCGUGUGGGGGGAUUGUGUCAAGCUUCGUUACGGUCAAUCCCCAGAAGAGAAUCCCUGGCUUUGGCACCAUAUGCGUACCUACACCGAACAGAUUGCUAGCAUGUUCCAGGGUAUCCGCAUUGACAACUGCCAUUCCACACCCAUUCACGUGGCCGAAUACUUGCUGGAUGCAGCCCGUCAAGUCCGUCCGGACCUUUAUGUUGUUGCAGAAUUGUUCACCGGUUCUCCUGAAAAGGACAACAUGUUCGUGUCGCAUCUCGGUAUCCACUCCCUCAUCCGCGAAGCCAUGCAAGCGUGGGAUCCUCACGAGUUAUCGAGAUUGGUCCAUCGCCACGGUGGAAAACCGGUCGGAAGCAUGGACGAAGCCAUGAUCUGGAAAACGGUUAAAUAUGAAGGCAAUCAGUACGAUCAAGUCUUGCGAAUCCCGAUCCUCCAAGGCAGCAUGCCACGUGCACUGUUCAUGGACUGUACUCACGAUAAUGAAACACCUGCACAAAAACGGACCCCACAAGAUGCAUUGCCCAAUGCUGCCGCUGUAGCAUUUUCCAACUGCGCCAUUGGCAGCGUUAAAGGCUACGAUGAAAUCUAUCCAAAGUUGCUCGAUAUCGUCAACGAGACCCGAUGCUAUGAGCCCAAACCCAACUACGAUCAAGGCAUCAUCAAGAUGAAGCAUCAGUUGCAGAAUCUUCAUCUGGAAAUGACACUCAAGGGUUUCACCGAGGUCCAUGUUCACCAAGAAAACGAUUACCUUCUCGUUCACCGACAACAUCCAGGUUCUCAACGAGGUUAUCUCCUGAUCAGUCGUACCGCUUUCCCCGGUCAACACACCGGUUUGGCCCCGAUUAAACUUCGCGGCACCAAAGCCACCUUCAUGUUUGGAGGUUCGCUCAAGGUCGAAUCAGUCACCUGCAACGACGAUAAUCAAUAUUUGCAUGGGUUCCCUAGCCACGUCGAGGAACUGCCCUCUCCACGAUUCGAAGAAAAGGAGGAUCAUCUCGGUCAGUUCACUGAAGUCAUUCUUCCUGAUCACUUUGUCCCUGGCUCAAUUAUAGUGAUCAAGACCUCGAUUGGCGAUACUUACCAGAAAGCUCAAGAUAUGGUUUCUUACAUGGAAGAUGAUGUUGUCCAGGAUCUUGAUUUAUUGGACUGCAAUAUCAUUCUUUACCGCUGCGAGGGCGAGGAAAUGGAUACCACCAACGGCGACGGGGUGUAUAAUAUCCCCAAUUACGGCAAAUUGGUGUAUGCUGGCUUGCAAGGUUUUAUCUCGGUCUUGCGCUCGAUUAUUGAGACCAACGAUUUGGGCCACCCCUUCUGCGAUAACUUGCGUCAGGGCACAUGGGCUCUGGAUUACGUGGUGAACCGCUUGCAACGUCACUUGCCCCAUUACCCCCAUUUGCAGAAGCUUCACGACUGGUUCCAAUCUCGCUUCGAGUUGGUCAGGGAAAUGCCCGACUUUUUGGUUCCCAAAUAUUUUGCCAUGACAGUUAAAACCGCUUACGACAAGGUGUACGCCCAUGCCUUAUCGCGCAUGUCACCUCUUAUCCAAAAUGGGGAUGCCUUCCUUCACCGCUUGGCUAUGACCAGUGUUCAAAUGUAUGGUAUGGUGCCUUCCACGGGUCUUCAUCCUACGAAAGCAGGUCCUUCGCUUGCCGCUGGUUUACCUCACUUCACCAACGGUCCUUUCCGUACCUGGGGUCGUGACGUAUUUAUCUCUUUGCGUGGUUUGAUCAUGGUCACGGGUCGUUUCGAUGUCGCCAAAGAACACAUAAUCGCCUUUGCAGGUUCGCUCAAACACGGCUUGAUCCCCAACUUGUUGGAUUCGGUUCGUUAUCCUCGUUACAAUUCGCGUGAUUCAGUAUGGUUCUUCAUGCAAGCCAUCCAAGACUAUUAUCACUUGGCUCCUGACGGUCAUCGUAUUCUUGAAGAGAAGGUGCCUCGUCGUUUCCCCAAAGACGAUCGUUUUGUUGAAGUGGAUGAAGCGUACAAGUAUUCCUCCACCGUCGCUGAGGUCAUGCAAGAAAUCAUGGAACGCCAUGCCAACGGUAUCCACUUUAGAGAACACAAUGCGGGCGAUCGUAUCGAUCGACAAAUGUCCGAUGCCGGUUUCAACAUUGAUAUCGAGGUUGACUGGGAAACCGGUAUUCUUGUGGGGGGCAAUAUUUGGAACUGCGGUACCUGGAUGGAUAAGAUGGGUGAAAGCGAAAAGGCUCACAACAAGGGCUUGCCCGGUACUCCUCGUGAUGGUGCCCCUGUGGAAAUCACCGGUCUUCUCAAGAGUGCCCUGCGUUUCAUCCUUGAAUUGAAUGCUGCCAAUAAAUUCAAAUGGACUGGUGUAGAAGUGAACGGUAAGGAUAUUACCUAUGAACAUUGGAACGACCUUUUGCAAAAGAAUUUCGAGCGUCUCUACUACGUUCCCAAGGAUGCAUCCGAAGACGAUCAGUACGAUGUGAUUCCCAAGAUCAUCCAUCGUCGUGGCAUCUACAAGGAUGUGGUGAAAGCUACCAAACCGUACACCGAAUAUCAAUUCCGUCCCAAUUUCCCCACGGCGAUGUGCGUGGCUCCCGAGUUGUUUAACAAGGACCAUGCACGCGACUGCCUCAAGUUUACCAGCGAAACCCUUUUAGGACCUUUGGGCAUGCGUACUUUAGAUCCGGCCGAUCAAGAGUACCGACCUUACUACAACAACAGCGAUGACUCGGAUGAUCCCAGUGUCGCCAAAGGUCGCAAUUAUCACCAAGGUCCCGAAUGGUUAUGGUUAACCGGUUUCUUCUUGCGCGCUUGCUUCAAGUUUGACGCUCUCACUUCUCACGACAUUGCUCGUAUCCUGCGUGCCCAUCGUAAAGAAAUCACUGUCAAUCCAUGGGCUGGUCUUGCCGAGUUGACAAACAAGGAUGCGGCUCCUUGCUGGGAUUCAUGCACGACCCAGGCCUGGUCGAGUGCCACCCUGUUAGAUUUGAUGUAUGACUUAAUUGAAGGUUAAACCAGCGUAACACGACUAUUGACUAUUAUCAGCACUUAAUCAAACUAAAUAAACAACGAGCAAACAUUGUUUUAUUAUGA